AUGACCUGCAUGGUCCUGUCCAAGAACGACUACUGGAUCCGAUGGUUUAUACUGCUGGUUAUUGAAACUGUCGUCGGAAUAAUAGCAAAUGGAUUUAUUGUCCUCAUGAAUUACAUGGACUGGUUCAAAAGCAGGAAACUAACUCCACCUGACCUGAUCCUGACCUGCCUUGGCUUGUCCAGACUUGCAUGGUACUUUGCUAUUCUAGUCAACUCCCCAAAUGUUAUUCCCCUUCUGAUAUUUUUGUCAUCACCUAUCUUGUUAAUCACCUCUCUGUGGAAGCACACAAGAAAUUUACAACGCAAUGGGAACGGCAUCAAGGAUCUCAACACUCAAGUUCACGUGACUGCCAUUAAAGCUCUGGCUUCCUUCUCUGUGCUGUACCUGUCCAGUUUUCUUGCAUUCAUUGCACAGGCGAUACUGGUCUUGAAUAACAUGGAUCACCCUUGGUCAAUGAUGCUGAUUGCCUUCAUACCUUCAGCAGAAUGA